UCGUUUAAAGGCGGUUUCGCGAUAUGAUAAACGUAUUCUAACCUAACCUUUGAAUAUCGUCACACCACCACAAUCAAAUGUACUCCAAAAGUUGCUUAUCAUCGUCCACGAUUUUUUAAACACAAAAUAUUCAUUAGACGAAAUGGCCAAAAAAAGUAUUUUCACCUACGAAACCCUGGUACAUGCCACCGCGGGGGCUGCAGGCAGCAUUGUGGCAAGUUCUGUUAUGUAUCCACUAGAUAAUGUUAAAUUUCGAAUGCAGUUAGAAGACAGCUCAUUAGCUGGGAAAACAGCACUUCAAGCGCUGUUUUAUCUUUUAAAAAAAGAGGGACUUGAAGGUCUAUAUCGCGGAAUUAAGCCCCAAUUGACCACACUAGGCAUCUCCAAUUUUAUCUACUUUUACGCCUUUCACGGACUCAAAUCUCUCAAAUUGAACAAUUGCAAAAACCCCACACAAACAGAUCUAAUCUUGAGCAUAGUGGCGGGAAUCAUCAACGUGAUAACGACAAACCCCUUGUGGGUGGUGAACAGUAGGUUGAAGUUUAGUCGAGAAUUGUAUUUCACUGGCCUCCUGGACGGGAUUGUCCACAUUGCGGACUCGGAAGGUGUUAGGGCUUUGUGGUCGAGUUUAGGCCCGUCUCUAAUGCUAGUCUCCAAUCCUGCGAUUAAUUUCACCAUAUACGAGGCUCUAAAACGCAGAACUUCGUCAAGGACGGCGCUCGCAUUUUUCGUAAUGGGUGCGAUUUCCAAAGCAGUCUCCACAAUUGCAACUUAUCCACUGCAAGUGGCUCAAACGCGCCAGAGGUACAACAGAGAUGCCAAAAUGAACACAGCCGCUCUGCUCCUGGACAUGGUGAAGAAGAGCGGACCUGGCGCGUUAUUCCAAGGACUGGAGGCCAAGCUGUUGCAAACCAUACUUUCGUCAGCUUUAAUGUUUAUGACCUACGAGAAAAUUGCUCAAUUCGUUUUUACAUUGCUAAUGAAUAAGAAAACAACAUAAUUUUAUACAAAUUAACUCUGUGAUACUCUAGAAAUAAUUUUACAACAUUUAUAAGCCAAAAUUAGGUAUCAGGGAUCUAGUCGGAGGGACAAUUUUUAUAAAAGCAUUAUUAAAUAAAACGAUUUUAGUAA